UUAAUAAUAAUCGAGCAAAUACGAUAAAAAAAAAAUAUAAAUCGGAUAAAUAAAGAUAAUAGUGAUUGAUGAUAAUUGUUGUUAUAUAAAAGAACAAUAACAACUAAGUCUUCAAAUACGAAGGGAAGUAGUAGACAAGAAAAAUGAAGAAUAUUUGUUUAGUGCUUUUGAUCGCCAGCGCCUAUGUGGGCGCUGCUGUUCCAUACGAGAGCGAGCAGGUAAUUGAUCAUGUUGAAGGCAAAUUGAGUGAGAGUCAUUUUGACUUGAACCUGAAAUCCCUAACGACGGAGCCUAAUGACGAGCAAUUCGCCACUGAUCUGGAAGCGCUGGAGAACAGCGUAUCAAGGAGCCUGCUGGAAGACUUGAUCAUCAACCUUCUGGAAGUCUUCCGGGAUAUUGUCAUCAAUGGAAACGAUUUCCUUCCUCCUCUGGACCCACUUGUUAUUGAUCAAGUUGGACCAUUCGAAUUGUCUGUAACAGGGGUCCGAGCGUCGGCUACCAUCCGUGACAUCCGUGCUGAAGGUCUACGUUGGUACGUCAUUGACAGAGUCAGUUUCAAUCCGAUACGUCUCACAGUGAGCGUGCACGUUACACAGCCCUGGUUCUCUCUCAGCUGCCGUUACAACACCCAAGCUCGAAUUCUACUCGUGAGACACAGAGCUGCUGGUAACUUCAGACUGUUUGUCCACCGUAUCGAAGUCGGCGUUGACGUACGACUAGGAACGAACCUCUUGGGCGGCUACCUGACCUUGAGGGAACUGAAUAUCAAGAUUGACAUCCACGAUACACUGGUUCACGUUGAUGGUAUGACUGGUUCUAGACUCAUCAACAGAUUCAUUAGUAAUCUGGUACAGAACAUCUCUCAGGAUCUCGUACAGAAACACGUGGACAGCGUAGGUGACAUUCUCAGCUCAGUACUCUUUGAUGUGAUCAACGAGGUACUCAAGGACUACACAAUUAACGAUAUCUUGGGAUAAAAAAAAUAAUUAAGAUCUAAUGUGAUGAAAUGUAUAUAAUUAAAUGAAUUUGUUCUGAA